CGUACUGUACACGAUCCCAGCCAGCCCCUUUGAACCUAUCGCAGUUGCAUCUCAGGCAAAAUACUACACUUUCUAACUAUGCAUAAACUGCGUGUUUUCUGUUUCUAGUUCUAGGGUUCAUCGCCAUCUUAAGCCCCAAUAUUCUGCACUAAUUUGCGGAUUUUUAGUUUUAUUAAUUAUAGUUAUGGCUGACUGGCAACAAUAUAUUCAAUCAGUAAUUGUUGGCGUCAUUUUCUCAUUUUUACUAGCCAAGCUUUUUUCUAUAAUCUUUGCUUUCCGCGAUGAAAACCUCCGAAUCACCCGUUCUGCUACGUUGGAACCGGAAUCCGAACCCGAAGAAUUGCAGACUUCGUCGCUGGAGCUUUUGGAGGAAAAAGAGCCGUUGAUUCAUGAAAGUGAAGAAUUACGUUAUGGAAGCUCCAGUGUUGGUGAUCAUAGUGACAGUGAUGAUGACUGGGAGGGUGUGGAGAGCACUGAGUUGGAUGAGGAAUUUAGUGCGGCAACGGCGUUUGUGGCGGCUACUGCGGCCGAUAAGGCGGCUCAGAAGGUAUCGAAUGAAUUGCAGUUGCAGCUCUAUGGAUUGUAUAAGAUUGCAACCGAGGGACCGUGCAGUGCUCCCCAGCCAUCCGCGCUGAAACUCACUGCUCGUGCCAAAUGGCAAGCAUGGCAGAAAUUGGGUACCAUGCCUCCAGAAGAAGCCAUGCAAAAGUACAUUGACAUUGUUACUGAGUUGUAUCCCACCUGGGCUACUGGUGCAGCUACUAAAAGGAAAUAUAAAGAAGCCAGUGAUCCUCCAAAUGCUGGCUCCAAAGGGCCAAUGGGACCUGUUUUUAGCAGUUUUGUGCAUGAGGAGGAGCCUGAAAUUGAAUCAAAAUUGGAUGUUAUACAUGCAUUUGCACGAGAAGGAGAUGAAGAGAAAUUACUUAAGUGUAUAGAGAGCGGCAUUCCUGUGAAUCUGAAGGGUUAGUGGACAUUAAAUUCUUAAAUUAGCUGCUAUAGUUUGAUGUCAUACGCAUUAAAG